AGAAAAUUAAAGAUAUGCAUAAUGAAAAAACAAGAUAUUUAUUUCAUGUAUGCUAUAUAUGUUGCCCUUUUUGCAAGAAAUAGAAGACUUCAGUCUUUCUCCUACUUCUUUCUAUCACAUAUCUAAUCCCAAGGAAGCAUGUUUAAAAAAUUACUUAUCAAUUAAAAUUCCAUAUUCUUACAGAAAUGACUGGGCUCAGGUACCUUUGAGUCCAAAUUUCUUCUGUCAUCCUUGAUAGCUGGAUGAUCUUGGACAAGUGUCUUAAUCUUUCCUAGCAUUCAUUUCCUCAUUCACAAAAUUAGAGUAAUAAGACAUUCCUAAUAGAUUUUCUGUGAGAAUUACAUGAAAUAACCUAUGUGAAAUGCCUAAAACAGAUCCCAACAUGUAGAAGCUCAGUAGAUGAAGUUAUUUAUUAUUAUUAAACAUUGUCAUGUUUUCCUGAAUGCUGACAAUUUGAAAUCCUUAACUUGUUCCUUAAAAUGAAUCUGGAAAGACCUUAAAGAGGCUAAUUUUCAGCCAUGAUCUAAAAAACAAACAAACAGAGCCCCAAUUGAACUUUAGAUUUUUUAAAAUAUUAUACCCAAGGCUCCAAAUUUUGUCCUUCUUAGGUGCACCAAGAUGACACAACAUCCUUUGUUAGUAGUGGAAAAUAAACAGCUUCAUAGGAAACAAGACUUUAUCACGCAAUAAUUUAUAGAUUUGUGUCCAAUUUUUUAUUAAAAAGAGAAAAAGCCCUUCUUGAGUCAGAAAUAUUUCUCAGAUCGUUAUAGAAUAACAAUCAGGACUCUCCACCUUUUAUUUUCACUGCUGGGUUGUAAAAGAGGACUCUCUACAAUGCCUACUCCAGAAGGAUAUUAUUCUACAAAUAAGGGCCCAGCGUGACAUUUAUGAGAAAGCCGGGGUCCUCCUGUGCAAAGCUGAUUGGUGAUCAGCAAAUGGGCUCCCGGGCGCUGCAAAUAAAGGCACUUUCUUCGCUGGGCUGAUCAGACGCAGGACAGAGGGUUGCCUCUGCCUGUGGACCUUGGGGAAAUGCGCAGCUCUUGUCCUGGCAGCAUCCGUCUGUGGCCAGCAAGGAGAAACCAGACUCUAACAAUGAAACCUCUUCGUCCCCAGUUCCCUGUCAUCUUGGUCAUCUACUGCUUCUGUAUGCUACAGAUUCCCUCCUCAGGAUUUCCCCAACCUUCAGCUGAUCCUCCAGAUGGCUUGGAUAUUGUGCAGCUUGAGCAACUGGCAUAUUGUCUGAGUCAGUGGGCAUCUAUUUCUCGCCAACCUAAGGAAAAAAAACUGUGUGAUAAUCAAGACAUAUACAAAAGGUUUUUGUUUCACUACUCCAGAACUCAGGAGGCAACACAUCCAGUUAAAAGUGAGUUCCCUCCAGUGCAUCCUCUUAUGCAUCUGGUUGCCAAGCUCGCCAACAGACGGAUGAAGAGAUUUCUGCAGCGAGUAUGUGCUUCUAUUUUUCCACCAUGGUUUUAUGCCACUCACAGUUCCCUGAAUCGUGGUGAAAGCGUGCUGUCACCUUGGGGCUCGCUGUCAUUCUCUCCUCAAAUUUCAAUCUCCACCUUGGCAGGGAGUGCUGAGCAGAACUGCUGAUCCUUUGACCUCCCUGGGCCUCAGUUUCCUCCACUGAAACCCCAUGAGGUGGCUUGAAGGGCCCGGGGAGAGACCCCAUGGCCCAGCCUGCUUCCAUCCCUCUCCUCUUCGGCUCCUUUCAUCCCGAAGUUGUGUCUCGGUUUUGUACUUUUUUCAGUUCCCCUGUCUCUUUCCCCUGACACGAAACUUGCCCUGGAGAUAUCUUCUGCUUCCCAUGGCCCUACCUGCCUGUUGUCCAUUUCUCAGAGCUUUCUUCUUUAGUUUUUAUUUUUUAAUUUAGAAAUUAAAUUUCUAAAUUAAUUUCUGAACCUGUUCAAUGGUAAUCAAAGUUUUGUUUCAUGGUAGCAAAAAUAAAUAAACAAAUAGCAAGAGAGAAAAUUUAUGUUGAACACCCUGCCCAGAUAGGGUGAUCGGCUCAUCCCAGUUUGUCCAGGACUUUCCUAGUUUUAGCUCUGAAAAUCCCAGGGCCCCGAGUGCCUGGAAAACUGGUUGGCCAUCCUGGGCACCAGCAGCAGUUUGUCUGACCCCCUGCUAACCGCAAGCCUCCAGGUCCAGUCUGAUUCCAUUCUUACACCAGGUUCACAGGCAAUGAACAAGCUCAAGAAGCCAAAAUGGCUAAUCCUUUAAAAGUGUGCUAAGCUUUGCAAUGUGCCCGUUUCAAAGUUGGCACUGUUAGGAAGAGCAAGCAAACUUAACGUACCUGGAUACAGAUGGUAACUCAGCCCAGCCAAGACGACAAGCUUGCCUUCCUGAGCAGGAGCUUGCUAGAGAAGAUCACAGCAGUGAUCCCACCAUUUGCCACGCUCUCCACCUCCUCUUUUGCGCCAGACUUCUGACUACCUUAGAAGGAAGCCAGGGACGCCAGGAUCACUGCAAGACCACUGCAAGGUCAUGAUGUGGUUCCUGUUGAAUUUACCCGUGCCUCAUUUCCUUGCAGGGUUCGGGGACUGCUGCAGUGGACUUCACCAAGAAGGUUGGAGAGCCUUGGAGACUGUAACCCCCAAAGAAAGCCCUACCUGAGAAGGGUGGGGAAGUCCUUGGAGCCAGUCACCCUGCAGCCCCUCCAGACCACUUCUGGGCAGAGCUAGUCUCAAAAGGACCCUGAGAAUCUUUUGUGGCUGAGCAAUUAAGUUCAGGUCUCCCUGGGGGCAGACAGGAACCAUGGGGCAAUGCCUCUGGCUGUUCAGAUUUCACUUCCAGCCCCACAGAUGAGUCUCCUGGAGCCAGCUGCUCCUGAGGUCUUGCUUUCUCUCGCUCAGGAGCCCACAUGCCAUUGUACAGACUCCAACAGAGGCACUGCCAAAGUACAAACCCCAAACACUGGGGGUUCUCAAACGUGGCCAUGCAUCAGAGUCAGCUGGCUAAAAUUCAGAUUGCCCCCAAAGAUUCAGUGGGUCUGGAUUGGGGCAAAGAGUUUGUGUUUCUUACAAGUUCCCAGAGGUUGCUGGUGCCACUGGUCUGGGACCACCCUUUUUUGAAAA